CUUUAUAUAUUCACUCUCUAUCAUACCUCAAAGCAACAACAAAAAAAAACCAAGACUUUUCUAAAUCCUCUCGUCAAUAAACUUCGAAUUUCAACAACUGUAAUUCGCCCUAAUGGCGUCUCCAAAUUCACCAGCCAGACCGACCCAACAAAACCCAGAACCCAAUUUCCACGAUUUCCUUCCGGCGAUGGCCGGGAAGCUAGGCGGCGAGGAUCUGAUCGGAGAGCUCUGCAACGGGUUCGAGCUGCUGAUGGAUCGAGAGAAAGGUGUCAUUACUUUCGAGAGCCUCCGUCGGAACGCGGCGGCGGUUCUGGGUCUCGGAGAUUUGACGGAAGAAGACGUCCGGUGUAUGAUUAACGAAGGCGAUUUCGACUGCGACGGCGCGUUGAAUCAGAUGGAGUUUUGCGUGCUGAUGUUUAGGCUUAGCCCCGACUUGAUGGAGGCGUCGCGGUGUCUCGUCUCGGAGGCGAUCGAGGAGGAGUUCGGCGAUUGCACGCGCCGACAUUGACACCGGAGAGAUAGGAAUUCUCCGGAUGAUUUCGUGGGUUUCUCUGUUUCUUUGAUUUUAGUUCGACUGAUUCAUUUGUUACAUUUUUUCACAUUUUUAUUGAGUUUACUAUUCAUAAAAUUCAUGGAAUUAUACGUAUAUUAUAACUGAAAAUUUUCAAAA